AUGGCUUCCAACCAACAAACUUAUGAUGAACAAGUACGAGUUCUACAAGAACGUUUUCCGCGUGCAUCAACCAAGCACUUAACUCGCCUUUUACAAAAGCAUGCUGGUGAUAUUGAUCAGGUUCGCGCACGUCUCGUUCAACGAAACUUUCGUUCUAAUAAAUGGGAUUCACUUGAAGAACGUUUUGGCACAACAGUAACAUCGUUACAACAAGAGAUCCCAUCGGCUCAAUCAUUAAAACGAAUUCGUUUACUGAGAUUGAUGGAAAGUUUCAGUGGUGAUGUGGACGCAGUUCGAAAAGUUUUGCAAAAAGUUGAAGAACGAGAUCAUGAAGUAAAUGCAGAUCGGCGUGCAUCCCGACGUGAACGACGAGAAGAAUUAAAGAGCAAAUAUGCAACGGAACUGGCUGAAUUAACUCAAGCCGGUAUUAAUGUCAAUCGCCCAUGUACACUUCGCCAAUUGGAAAAAAGUCAAGGCGAUGUUAAUAAGGUGAUUGAAAAAAUGUCGCAUCGUAGAGAAAAAAAAGAGAAACGAGCUGAACUCAACACAAAAUAUGCUAGUCAAAUUGCACAACUCGAAGCUGAUGGUAUCGAAAUUAAAAAUAAACGCUGUUUAGCGCAUUUAUUAGAAAAAGCUGAUGGCCAAGUUGAUGUUGCUAAACAACUCAUAACUGAAUGGAAAGAAAAAAAGGGAAAAAAUAGGGAAUAUCGACAUAGACAUCGAAAUAUAUCACCAGGUGGUAUAACAACACAAGUAACUGGUGGAGCAGCAUCAUGCUGGAGAAAACGACGUGAAUUAAGUUCGGAUGACAUUGAAAAUCUCAAACGACUUCGUUCAGCUGGUGUACAUGGGCAUCCUAUGAAGAUCUUAGCGAUGUACCAUGAAUGCAAUGAAUCCAUUGAAUUGACAAAAGCUCGAAAAGAUCAUGAACGAGAAAUGCGUAAUCAACAACGAGAAGAACGAUCAUUAAAGCAUGCAUUAUUUGCUGAAGCUCAAACUGGCUACGUAACAAUCAAUAAUCGGGAAGAUUGGCCACGUGAUAUUGAACAGGUAUAUCUAGAUGGAAAUAAUAUGAUGUUCGUUGUUAAUUCACUUCGACGUUUAUGUCUAAAUCGAGCUGGUGCAAAAACUGAACGUGCUUUAGCUGAAAUAGCUUCAGCAUGGAAUGAACAAAUGCAUAUACCAAAUAUUGAAAUUAUUUUUGAUGCAACACGUCAACUGGAUCAAAUCGGUUCAGUGAAAGUAUCGAGCGCUCAACCAACUCAUCGAACAACUGAUGAUAUGCUUGUUGAAAUAGCAAGAAAACCGGAGAAUCGAGAAAAAAACAAACGCACAGUUAUAAUAACAUCCGAUCGAGCUUUAGCUGUACUUUUACAACGUGAAGGCUGUUUACUGAUGAAACCAUAUAAUUGGUUUGCUCAUUGUGUCAUGGUUUUAACACCUGAUCUCAUUAGAUAUGAAGAAUUAACUGGCAUGAAAACGGAAACAUCAACACCAACAACGGUCAAAAUUCGUUACGACUUUGAUGAACUUGUUCACCGUGUUGCUAAUAUUGAUAUAUAA